AUGUCUGACUCUGGUAACUAUGAAUCUAGCUAUGGAUACGACUACAAUAAUUCUUCGGAUACUGGUAUGAUGCCUGGAAUGAUGUAUCCUGGUGGUUCUGCUCGUUUUAAUGAAAACACUGGACAAUACGGACCUUCCCCAAUGGAUGACUCUUCUAGUGGUAUGAUGCCUGGAAUGGUGUAUACUGGUGGUUCUGCUCGUUUCGAUGAAAACACGGGAACGUACAGAUGGUGAUAUUUGGUAUCUCAAUGGAUGAUAUAAAUUCGUCUGAAAACUUCUCUAAUUUUCAUUGUCUUUUCUUUCAUCGCGCAUUAUUUAUUCCGAAAUAAACUGCUAUCUGAAACAAAAAUAUUAAUACAGGGGUUCCCAAAAUGAUAAGACCCCCCCCCCCCCUCUACAAAUUUGAGAAUAAUAAGGCUUUCACAACUAAGGAAUCUAAUGUCAUAUAUAUAGACACUGCUAAAGCAUCUAUCAUGUACUAUAUUGAUAUCUAUUUUGUUAAAUAUUAAUAAUAUUUUCAUUCAAGAAAUUUUGAAUUCCACUUUUUGCAUAAUUAUAAAACCCUCUCCUCUGGAGUAUAAAAGUAUUCCCUUGAUGUUCAUUUUUUUCAAGUCAAAAAAAAUCUUUUAGUAUCUAUUCGAAAGAGGAGAUCAUUAGUUAUCUACUGAAAAAAAUAUAGAAUUAUAGGGUGUGGGUGUGGGUGUGGGUGUGGGUGUGGGUGUGGGUGUGGGUGUGGGGGUGUGGGUGGGUGUGU